AUGGAUUCAAACAUUGUUACUCUUAUUGAACAAUCUAACAAAUACAAUAGCUCUAAAACAAAUUUCUUUAAAACAAAGUUGUUUGUAAGCAACAAUCAUUCUCCAAAUAGAGAAUAUUCAAAGCAUGUGGCUUAAACAGAAACUGUUUAAUAUAAUCGAUAUUAAUCAAAAGAAGUUAAUUCUGGAAGAAAUUCAAAAAAGAUAUCAUUCAACACUUAUUUGUUAAACUUAGCAAAAUAAAAUAUUGAUAUGUUUCCAAAAAUAAAAUGUGAUUUUGCUAAUAUUUAAAUGGUUGAUCUUCAAGUAUUAAUAAAAUACUAUAUAGGAUAAUAGGUUCAGGUUGUUUCCAAAAGAAUUAUAUUAAAUGAAAAAAGUCUAAAUAAUCAAUUUAAAUUCAAAUUUCAUUAAAGUACUUCCUGAAGAAUUAUUUGACAACUUUCAAUCUAUUAUUAAUUUUUCAAUUAGCAAUAAUUUAGUUGUAAUGCUUCCAAAAAAGAUAUCUCAUUGGUAAUCACAUCUAGAGAUAUUAGAAUUAAGUAAAAAUAGACUAUAAAAACUAUAUCCAUUAAUAACAUUAAUAAAUUUAAGAUCUCUUUUUAUUCAAUCAAAUGAAUUCUAAUACAUUCCAAUUGAAUUUAAAAAUUUAAAGAAAUUAAAUGAAUUAGGUUUGGAUUGGUUUAAAUACCUUAAUCCUCCAAUAGACCCUAUUGUGAAUAGACCAUAUAUAGAAAAACUAUUUCAAUCUCUUGAAGAAAAGUAACUCAAAGAUGUAGAAGAUCCCUCUUAAAUUAAUGUAUCAGUAUUAUUGAUAUCAAGUUUAGUGAUGAAGAGUAUAGCUCCUCUAUUGGAAUGAACUUUCAAGACUUUCUUGUUUAAUUUUCAAAUCUUUAAUUAAAUAUACUUCCUAAUCCUUAAGGAGGAGAUAAAGAGUAUUCAACUACAAUCUUGCAUAAAGCAGCAGUUGAGUAAGAUAUUGGUGCUUUAUUAUCAUUAAUAUCUUAUUAUCCUGAAAUUGUAGAUUGUUAAGAUUAAAGACAAAAUACAGCUUUAGGAUUAGCAAUUUAAGAAGAAAAGUAUUUUAGUGCUAAAGCAUUAAUAUUUAAUGGAGCAUCUGUAAACACAAAUGCAGCAAAAUAUGGAUCAAUUUUAAAUUUAGCAAUUGUAAAAGGUCAAAUCCAUUUAAUACUUGAUAUUUUAACUUAGGGUGCAGAUCCUAAUCAAAUUGAUGAAAAAGGUAAUACAGCAUUACAUUAUUGUAUGGCAUGUUUUGAUAAAGAUGCUUCCAUAUAUAGGUAAGCAUUCGUUGCUUUACUUAAAAAGAAUAUUAAUCCAAAUGCUCUUAAUCAUGAUGGAUGGAGUCCAUUACAUAUAGCUGUAAAAAGGGGUAAUACAGAUGCUAUUUCUGCAGUUAUCUAACACAAUAAUAAGAAAUAAUAAAAAUUUGAUUUAAAUCUUAAAGGUGGGAAGAAACGUUAAACUCCUUUGCAUUUAGCUUGUUCAAAUUGUCAUUUUGAAAUAGUUGCUAUACUUUUAUAAUAAUCAGAAGUCAAGUUAUUCUGUAGAAAUAAGCUUAAUUAAAUUGCAUCUUAAUGUUGUUUACAUAAUUAUAAAAUAUAUAAGUUAAUAAAAAGAUAUGAAUAUGAACAUUUAUAUAGAUUGAAGAAAAACUGGUAAUUUUAGGAUUAGGAUGAAUAUUCAGUAAAGGAGAAUGAUUCAUAUACAGAUUUAGAUGAAAGUAUUUAACUAUUUGAUGGAUUAUAAUUAAAAUAAAUAAAGAUAAAUAGAUCAGUUUUAGGUUGUCGAGAAAGAGCAACUGGAUGUAAAUUUAGAUUCUCUAGUUAACCACCUUAAAAAUGA